AAAGUCGUUUAAGAUUGCGUUUCAUAUUAAGAAGAGAAAAUGGGUUGUUUUCAAGAACUAAGGAGAGGAGAAUCCUACAAGUUGAAUACCAAUCUUUGCGUUUCUGUGUCAAUACUCGGAUUUUUUCUGACUUUAGGAAUAGGAAUUUUCAUAUCAUCUGUUGCGUAUCUUCACACAUUUGAUAGAGUUUGUGUUUGUUCGUCACAAGAAAUUUUCAAGCAGUCCGUUUCAGGAGAUUGCACAUCACAGACCAGUCCGGUUGUCGCAUCGACCUCUAAACCUACCGGAGAUCAAGGUAUGACUGGAGAUCAAGUGUUUGGGAAAUCCCAGUAUCUACAUGUCAAGAAACAAAUUAGAUGGCUAGAUGCUCAGAUUGAAUGUCUAGAACUAGGGGCAAAAUUAGCAGAAAUAGAGACCUUGGAAGAAAACAUCUUUCUAAAGAACAUGGCAAGGAAGAAUUCUUAUGGCAACACAUUUAUCGGAGGGACAGAUGCCUACUCACAACACAGAUGGAGAUGGUCAACAACAUUUAAAGCAGUGACGUACACUGAUUGGGGAGUUGGCAAGCCUGAUUUAUCGGGAGGUGAUGAAUGUAUGGGUUUAUCUAUUCACUUUGACAUGUCGUGGGAUGACAUGUACUGUGAUCAAUAUCAACCAUCCUUCAUGUGUGAGCGGUUAAUUGCAUGAACGCAAAAAGAAGAAAAUUAACAAGAUCUUGUUUGUAUGAACCUAGCUAGGAAGAUCUAUAUUUUCUGUAAAUUUUGUUUAUUUUAAUAUACAUUUGUCGGAUCAGAUAUUCAAUGUAAUCAAAAGCUAAAUGAUUAAAUAUGUGCACACACUAUCUUCAGUUUACUCAUAUGGAAAUUCCUGAUCUAGAGGUGGUUUCAGAUGUGUAGAUGCAGAAAACUCUCUCUCUCUCUCUCUCUCUCUC